AUGGCUGACAGAAGUCGGAUUGGUGCCAAGAAGAAGGACAAGAAGUGUGAAGAGAAGGAAAAAACGAAGGAGAAAAAUGUAGAAAAGCCAGAUAAAGUUGUGAAAAAAUCACAGAAAUUACCAGAGAAGAUGCCAGAACAAAGCAAAAGUGAGGAGAGCAGGACUGCCACAGAUGAAGGAGCAACAGGGACUGCCACCGAAGGAAAUGGAGAGUUCCAGCCCAUUGAACUUCCUCCAUUUGAGAUCGUCAAAGGAGAACAGAUGAGCCCAUUCUAUUUCAAGUUUCAGUUCAGAAAUGUGGAGUAUUCGUCAGGAAGGAACAAAACCCUGCUGUGUUACCGAGUGGACACUGCAGGGGGCAGCACAGAGCCGAUUAAAGGAUAUAUGGAGGAUGAGCAUGCCACAGCACACGCAGAGGAGGCCUUCUUUCAGCAGGUACUGCCUAGUUCCUCCCAGGACUAUGACGUGACGUGGUACAUGUCGUCCAGCCCCUGUGUAGACUGUGCUGCUAAAGUGGCCUCUAUCCUGGGGCAGCGGAAGAAGGUGAAGCUGUGCAUCUUCUGCUCUCGCCUGUUUGAGUGGGAGCAGCCGGAGAUCGUGGAAGGACUGAGGGCUCUGGCGAGUGCAGGCUGCAAACUACGAAUGAUGAAGCCGAGCGACUUUGUGCUCGUAGACUGGCAGAAAUUCUUAAAUAGAUGUCUGUCGGAGAGAAACAGCCAGACACAGCAAUAG